CUGCUGCUGCUCUUCAGAGGCUCAGCCCGGCUGUGUUCUCAUCAUGUCUAUCCACUGUGUACUGGUAGCACUAAUGCUGGUGCUGACUUUUGAUGGCCAAGUUCAUUCAGGUGAAAUCAUUGGAGGACACCAGGCUGUGAAACACAGCAGGCCGUACAUGGUGCUUUUAGUAAAGCACCAGCCUAAUGGUUUGACUGAACACUGUGGUGGUUUCCUGCUGAAUGAAGAUUUUGUGAUGACUGCAGCCCACUGCCAGGCCGAGUCCUACGAUGUCUUACUAGGACUUCACGAUUUCUUCAACCGAAGCGGCAUACAAAAUGUGUCAGUUGCAAAACCGUUUCUACAUCCCAAGUACGAUGACAAAGUUUUUACAAAUGACAUAAUGCUUCUCAAGUUGAGCUCCAAGGUAAAAAUCAACCACAACGUGAAACCGAUUCCUCUCACAGAUAAGGACGAUGCCACCCCAAAAUCUUGUAUAGUUUGUGGUUGGGGACAAACAGCCAGAAACAACGGAUAUAUGUCUCGUAUACUCAUGGAAGUUAAUGUGACGUUAACUGCAGAAUGUGCAGAGCAUCAUGCCUACUGCUCUGAGGGAGAUGCUGGACCUGGUACUGGAGACUCUGGUGGUCCAUUGGUCUGCGAUGGAAAGGCAUACGGGUUGGUGUCUGCCAGCAUCAUGCACAAGGACAAACCAGUCUACAAGUAUACCAAGAUACCUGACUGCAGACAUUGGAUCGAUGAAAUUAUGAAACGUAAUAGAAAGCCUUGAUACAUGUAACACUUGACUAAACAAAAAAAAAACAAAAAAAAAAAAACUAACCAGCUGUUUGUUUUGAGACUGACUCCAUAGACCUGAUGUCUCCAGAUAAAGACCUGGCUUCUAUGGAACUAGUCUUAAAAUGAAAACACUGCAUCUAAACAUGAAUGUGAUCUGGUUAAGAAAGUGACAUGGUUUGAAAUUUAAGUUUCAAGUUAAUUAAGAGUUUACUCACAGCUGAGUCAUAGAUGUGAUAGGUGCUUAUAUUAGAUACUACAUAUCCCGCUUAUAAUAAUGUCUUUAAAUGUGUGAAUUACUGCAUUCUGCAAGUCCACCAAGCAGGAAUUGUAUCAAAUUUUAAUCAAUAAAUGGCUGCUCUCUCA